AGAGACACAAGCGGCGGCUGUAACGUGCUCCACCGAGCCGGACCCGUCGCCCUUUAACUGAUUAUUAUUAUUUUUUUUAGUAUUUUAAUAAUAAGAUAACCUCGGUUUUAAGUGGAAACGUGACGUAUUUACCAGUACGGGUGCGUUUCUUUUUUUUUAAUUAGGUAAAAAAGGCUGAAAUAUUAGUGUGUUAGGUCCUCGCCUCAGUGCCAUCGUUUUUAUUUCUUGAAAAAGAGGAUACUCGGUGGGCGAUGUUUCCCUGAAUCCGCAAGGAAAAGACGACAUAUUUGCAGCGAACAAGAUGGCUUUGCGGCUACUGUUGAUCACGACAUUAUUAGCAGUCCUUGGUGGCAGCGAGGCACAGCAAAAGGGGAGCGCAUGCAUCAAUGCAAAUGCACAGUCAUGCGGAGAAUGCAUCCAGGUCGCUGCGACGUGUGGUUGGUGCACAGAUGAAAACUUUCUCAACCAGGGUCAGUCCAAGUCUGCCCGCUGUGAUGAUAUUGAAUCCUUGAAAAGCAAGAAUUGCACCGAAGCCAAAAUCGAGAGCCCCCAUGGGUCUAUAAAAAUCGACAAGAACAAGUCUGUCACCAAUCGCAAGAAAGACGUGGCUGAGAAAUUGAAGCCCGAGCAGAUCACCCAGAUCCAGCCGCAGAAACUCACCCUGACUCUCAGAUCUGGUGAGCCCCAGACCUUCUCGCUGAAGUUCAAGCGCGCUGAGGACUAUCCCAUCGACCUUUACUACCUUAUGGACCUCUCCUUCUCCAUGAAGGACGAUCUGGAGAAUGUCAAGAACCUGGGGACGGACCUUAUGAGGGAAAUGCAGGAAAUCACCUCAGACUUCAGAAUUGGUUUUGGUUCCUUUGUGGAGAAGACGGUCAUGCCUUACAUCAGCACCACGCCGGCCAGACUCAUCAACCCCUGCACGGGAAACCAGAACUGCACCAGCCCCUUCAGCUACAAGAAUGUCCUGAAGCUGACAGACAAGGGCGAUGAGUUCAAUCGGCUGGUCAGUCAGCAGCAGAUCUCAGGCAACCUGGACUCUCCGGAGGGCGGCUUCGACGCUAUCAUGCAGGUGGCGGUCUGUGAGGAUCAAAUAGGCUGGAGGAACGUGACCCGUCUGCUGGUGUUCUCCACCGAUGCUGGCUUCCACUUUGCUGGAGAUGGGAAGCUGGGUGGAAUUGUCCUGCCCAACGAUGGAAAAUGCCACCUGGAGGACAACAUGUACACCAUGAGCCACUACUAUGACUACCCCUCCAUUGCACAUUUGGUCCAGAAACUGAGCGACCACAAUAUCCAAACGAUCUUCGCUGUCACUGAGGAGUUCCAGCCCGUUUACAAGGAGCUGAAAAAUCUUAUUCCUAAAUCAGCUGUUGGCACACUGUCCUCCAACUCCAGCAACGUGAUCAAGCUCAUUAUUGAUGCUUACAAUUCUCUGUCAUCUGAGGUCAUUCUGGAGAACAGCAGGCUGCCUGAGGGAGUUUCCAUCACCUACAAGUCCAUCUGUAAGAACGGUGUGGUGGGAACAGGAGAGAACGGGAGGAAGUGCUCCAACAUCUCUAUCGGAGACGAGGUGUCCUUUGAGAUUUCUGUAGAGGCUCAGAAGUGUCCAUCACAUGGCAAACCUGAGACCAUUAAGAUCAAACCACUGGGCUUCACUGAGGAGGUGGAGAUUGUCCUGAAGUUCAUCUGUGAAUGCGAAUGCUCCAAAGGAGGCGAGGCGAACAGUGAGAAGUGCCACGAAGGCAACGGGACCUUUGAGUGUGGAGCCUGCAAGUGUAACGAGGGUCGCAUCGGGCAUCUGUGCGAGUGCAGCAAGGAUGAUGUGCGGACGGAAGACCUGGACGCCAACUGCCGUAAAGACAACGGGACGGAUAUCUGCAGCAACAACGGGGACUGUGUGUGCGGGACCUGCGAAUGCAAGAAGAGGGACAACCCUAAUGAGAUCUACAGCGGCAAGUUCUGCGAGUGUGACAACUUCAGCUGUGACCGAUCCAACAACCAGCUCUGCGGAGGACAUGGCCGCUGUGAGUGCAAGGUGUGCAUCUGCGACGCUAACUACACCGGCAGCGCCUGCGACUGCUCACUUGACACUUCCACCUGCCUGGCCAAGAAUGGGCAGAUCUGCAACGGCCGUGGCGACUGCGAGUGCGGCGUCUGCAAAUGCACCAAGCCCAAAUUCCAGGGUCCCACCUGUGAGAUCUGCCCCACCUGCCCUGGAGUCUGCACUGAACACAAGGAUUGCGUGCAGUGCCUGGCGUUCGAGGCCGGUGAAAAGAAGGACACGUGCAAGCAGAACUGCAGCGACUACCUGCUCAUCAAGGUGAAGGAUCGCGACAAGCUGCCCCAGCCCACUGACCAGAGCUUCCCACUGAGCCAUUGUAAGGAGCGCGACGCCAACGACUGCUGGUUCUACUUCACCUACGCCAUCAGGAACAAUACCAAGGAGGUCUAUGUGGUGGAGACACUGGAGUGCCCGGCAGGACCUGACAUCAUCCCCAUCGUGGCCGGUGUGGUGGCGGGCAUCGUGCUGAUCGGCCUCGCCCUGCUGCUCAUCUGGAAACUGCUGAUGAUCAUCCACGACCGCCGAGAGUUUGCCAAGUUUGAGAAGGAGAAGAUGAACGCCAAGUGGGACACGGGCGAGAAUCCGAUCUACAAGAGUGCCGUUACAACUGUCGUCAAUCCAAAGUACGAGGGCAAAUGAUGCAGCUUUGUGCUCCUCAUGAUAACACUGUAUGCAAAAGAACAGGGGGCCGGGGAGAGGGGAGGGUGGGUUUUUUAAUGCUCUCACUGUUUGUUGUUGUUGUUGUUGUUGUUGUUGUUGUGUAGCCACCAAAUGAUAGCAAUGCAUUUUGCCACUGUUUCAGUACGUUUUACUAACUUGUUUUUCUCUAUGCAUCAUUUGGAAAUUGUACAGUCUGUAUAAACGUGGGUUUUUAUUUUUGUGUUUUCCUUUUGCGGAACUUGAGAGAAUGUUGUAGACUGAUUUGUAAUUUUUUUUUUUCGCCACAGGACUGGCAAGGUAACGGAAAGCCUAGUUGUGCCUUUCAUAAAACCACCGAGCCAUUAGUGUUUUGUUGAGGGUUGAAUUGGAUGUCGAUAACGGGACAGGAAAUGAAGGGUUCCAUUCCAAAUCGCCGCCUACCCAAUUUUGUUUGGGGGGGAAAAAAAUUGCUACCUGAAAAUCGUCAGUCAGUGUUUAAAACAUACAGAUGAUUUUAUUGUGAAAUAUGUUGUAAGCAAAGGUCUUUCAGCUGGUGCAAAACUGUAUUAGUAUUCCACGGUGUGCUUUGCAAUCAUGUCAAAAAUUCACUUUGAGUAGAUGUCACCUUUUUCCAACGGUGGGUAUCUCAUUUUGGAAUGCAACUCUUUAAAUGUAGCGCAGGCUGACCCCGUGAGGCAGCAGUGAAUUGUGUACAGUUAGUUUGGAUUCUGUGUAAAGCCAUAUUCGUAAUAUGUAGUCACAGAAUAGGGUUGAAGGCGAUAGCAUGUUUUCUCUGAGCGAUGUAUUCCAUCCGAACAAUCAUUUGAAAUGUAUCUUUCUCUAAAAAAAAAAAAAAAAAGAUAUUUUCUUGGGCUGUCUUUCUAGAUGAAAGGACAUCAGUUUACAGUAGUAUUACUGUUUGGCUCCGGGUUAUAAUUGCUUAAUUUAAAAGCCAACUCAGGUCCCUAAUUUUUCACAGCAAUGCCAAAUACACGUAAACUUAUGUGCUAACUAAAAAAGCUUGUAUCGAAAUGCCUUGUUUUACCUGCAGGAACUGAAUUGGGAAUUAUCCCAGCUUGCCUCUUUUAAAUGUUAGAAAUUCUCACUCAGUUCUUAUCUGGUGCCUAGAUCAAAGUUUUCUUUUUGUUUUGUGUUGUUUUGUUUUGUUUUGUUUUUUUAAUCAAACAAUGGUGAUCACAUUUCAUCCAGUUUUAAAAGAUCAGUGUUAAGGGAAUGAUCUCAGCUCAUGAUAGACUGUCCAAUUUUGUAAAGGAAACAAACACACAAACAAACAAACAAAAAAAAGGUUACAUUUGUCACCCUUGUUUUUAAGUGCCUUUUUAAUUUCGUCAACACAUUCACAUUUGCAAUUCCUUAUCUCUGAAUUUAUUUAUUGAAUAAAGACCCAAAACAAA